AUGAAUAAAAUUCCCCAAACUAAAACGCUGCAUAACCCGCAUUUUUUUGGCCACAGAACUCGUUUUAAAAGAGAGAAACCAGACGCUACAAAAUUCCAGAUCUUCAAGCAGAGUUUUAAAACAAUUACAAGAGAAUAUUGUGCAGAAUCGUCUAUUUGUGGCUUAAAACAUCUCGUUGACAGUGAUACACCGCCUAUAGAGAGAAUUAUAUGGAUUAUUGUAUUGAUCGGUGCUUUAGUGUGCUCUGUGUCCUUAGUAUGGGAAACUUUUGAUAAGUACUAUAGAGCUCCACUCGUCACCACUCAGAUGCCCGAAGGAAUACCAGUGAAUACUAUUAUAUUUCCAGCCGUUGGAAUUUGUACCACAAAUAGAAUUAGCAAGCAAGCUGUUGUCGCUUUGGCGAAGGAACUUAUAAAAUCUGAACGUAACAAGAAAUAUAGCGAACAAGCAAUGCUAUCUCUGCUAUAUGGACUAGGUCAGCUGUAUGACUUGCAACCUAUUAAUGAGGACAGUGUUCCAGCUUCUGAACUACAUCUCGCUUUGGGCAAAUAUGACGUCCACGAAUUAAUAAGAAGAUUAACGCCUAGUUGCGAAGAUCUACUAAGAAGAUGUUCAUGGAAUGACGAACCGAGAAAUUGCUCAGAACUGUUCGACUUUCGUCUCACUAUGAACGGCUAUUGCUGCACUUUCAACUAUCUUAGACAAUCAGAUAGCGAGUUCGAAAAUUUAAAUGGCACGGCACGCAGCAUCGACAUGUAUAAUUAUGGCAACAAAUCUGCAUUCGAUUACGAGGAGGGACUGAAAGUGUUAAUGUAUCUAAAUGAUAGUGAUGACUUCUUUCGCAAUAUGCCAGUACAAGGAGCUCAGGUGCAGUUUUCUGAUGCUUAUGAUUUUCCAGACGCGCCCAGUGGCAGUUUUGCAAUGCAGAUUGUUAGACCCAACGUUCAGAUGACAAUAAUGGUAGAGCCAUCUUUUACAACGGCAUCUCGAGAUAUAAGCCAUGUUCCAGUAAAACUUAGAGGGUGUUUGUUUUACGACGAAUCAACAUAUUUGCCGUUUUAUACUCACAGCGACUGUAUGCUGAAAUGUCGCAUGUUGUUUCUACUUGGCAAAUGUAACUGCACUCCAUUUAAUAUGUUGAAAAUGGCGCACACACGAACAUGUGAUAUGAGAGAUGUGGCAUGUUUAAGACGUUAUUAUGCGCAGUCGAUAACUAUACGACCUGAAAUUGAAUCGCCUCCACCUGAACUGGAAUUGGAGCUAGUUGGAGGCGGCAUAUCGUGUCCCAUGUGUUUUCCCACAUGCUCAAAGACUGCCUAUAACUACGAUUUUAUAAAUGUAAACAUUCACCCCGACAAUCUCAAUACAGUACCUGACGGCGACAGAGAUUUGUGGCUACGAGGUGCUAAUUUCACCGGAACAUCGAUGGUACAUGUGAAGUAUUCAAGAGAAACUGUCGACUUCUUCAGACAGAGUGUUAUCAUGAAGUGGUUUGACUUGUUUAGUGAUAUGGGAUCCACGUGUGGUUUUGUUACUGGUUUCAGCUUCGUGUCUGUCCUAGAGUUUCUUUAUUUUUUCACAGUCAAAUUAUCAAGAGAAUAUAAUGCGAGACGUAAAGAAAUCUUCUUUAUUAAAACACGAAAAAGAAAUACUGUAUUCACUGUGAAUUCGGAAUUUGAGCCUGUCGGUCGCUAUAGGGCGAUAUAUUGGAAUGAAUUAACAGGACCGAUCUAUUACAAAAAGGAAAGUAGAAUCACAAAAAAAUAAUAAAUAUUGCUC